GAGCAUGUAUGUAUACUUCCGUAAUCCGGACGCCAUAAACCUCAAAGUGUUUGUCUCACAUACAUUUAAGGCCGAGCUGCUCUAUAGUUGACAUCUCUAUAUCAGUUCGAAUCGCAAAGGGAAUCCGAGUCCUCAACGCCUCGACGUCUCAACCUUUCGAAAUUGUGUCGCCUAUAGACAGUCAACAGUCUUUAACAAUAUUAGAACGCGUAACUGCUUUAACUGACCUUAAUAUGUCUCCUCCGGGGUCAAUUAGCAAUUUGGACUGGGAACCCAGCUUCGACACCAUUGCCGUACAUGGCGGACAGGAGCCAGACCCAAUCAACGGCUCGAGAGCAGUUCCCCUAUACCAAACUGCCGCGUAUAACUUUUCCGACGCGGCUGAUGGCGCGAGCAAAUUUGCUUGGUCCAGGGAUGGAUACGUCUAUACGCGUAUGGGUAAUCCCACAAAUACGGUCUUCGAAACUCGAAUGGCUAUGCUAGAGGGUGGUGUUGGUGCAGUAGCGACUGCGUCUGGCCACUCGGCGCAAUUCAUGGCCUUGACUCAAUGUUGCGAGCCCGGUCACAAUUUCAUAAGCACCAGUUGGUUGUACGGCGGCAGUUUCAACCAAUUCCGGGUAUAUCUCAGCAAAUUCAAGAUCAACGUCAAGUGGGUAAUCGGAAACGAUCCCGCCAAAUUCGAAGAAGCAAUUGAUGACAACACACGGGCCAUUUACAUCGAGACAAUCAGCAACCCCAAGCAUAGCGUCCCAGAUAUUGCAGCCAUUGCUGCUGUCGCGCAUAAGCAUGGCAUCCCCUUAGUCGUCGACAACACGUUUGGCAUGGGCGGGUACCUAUGCCAACCAAUCAAGCUUGGAGCCGAUAUUGUCACACACUCGGCCACGAAGUGGAUUGGUGGACACGGAACCAGCAUGGGCGGCAUCGUAAUCGAUGGCGGACAUUUCGAUUGGAGUGCAUCAGGGAAAUUCCCCGGUUUCACGGAACCGGCGGAGGGUUACCACGGCAUGCGAUUCUGGGAGACGUACGGACAUAAGGCACUGGCGGCGAAGGUGAGAAUGGACAGCAUGCGUGAUCUCGGUCCUUGCAUGAGUCCAUUCAACGCUUGGCUGUUCCUUCAAGGCCUUGAGACCCUACCACUCCGUGGUCAGAGGACGGUCGAGAACACACAGAAGCUCGCGGAGUGGCUCGAAAACCAUCCUUGCGUUAACUGGGUAUUAUACCCCGGCUUGAAGUCGCAUCAAGACUAUGAGCUGGCAAAGAAAGUGAUGCCAAAGGGAGCAGGUGGCGUCUUGACUUUUGGUGUGGCUGGACAAGUCGAGCAAGUCCGUGCCGUGGUCGACAAUCUCAAAAUGGCCAGCCACUUGGCGAAUGUCGGAGACUGUAAAACCCUCAUCAUCCACCCCUGGGUUACGACGCACCAGCAGAUGCCAGAUGACGAGAAAAUUAAGGGAGGCGUCACGCCCGACCUCUUGCGUGUCAGCUUAGGCAUCGAAGACUUCGAAGACAUCAGACGAGACUUCGAGCAAGCCUUCAAGGCCGCUGGGCUUGAGAAGGCGGCCAAGAGCGGAAUAGAUCCCUUCCAGACUGCCGCCAACCUCGUGAGCGGAGGAUUUAUGGGCAAGCUUUCAACGGGUCCUCCGAGACCCGGCACAGAUGGCACUAUACAAUCAUAGAUCGCAUGGUCGAUCAAGGAAUGAGAAAUAUGUAUUAGGUAACUUUGGAAGAUAUUGAUACCAGGAGAUUCGGGUGAUACGUGAGAUAGGUACAGGGCAAGAAGUGAAUGAGAUCGGCACUUGCAUUCAGGUGCAUUUAUACAUAACGGGGAGAAACGAUCGCAUAUCGAGAGGGUAUAUUCUUAGGCAGCCAGUUACACAAAGUUCAACCAAUUUCAAAUCAUUAAAAUAUCAGGUCGUGCCUCCUACCAGCAUGCAAUAUGUACCUAUGUAUCUAGUGGGGCAAGAGCGGCUCGGUUAUCUCAUUAACCUCCAG